AACCCAAUAAACCAAUUCUUUUGAUCAAAAGGAGAAAAAUCCCUACAGCCUACAAUUUCUUUUUAUACUAAACAACAAUGCCAUCUUUUCCGAAUCCAGGUUCACUCACCAUUUGCGAAAUCAAUCGAGACCUCAUCACUGCUGAGAAUCUUUCUGACGAUCGAGCCAAGGAAACUUACGGAAAACUUCUGGGGACGGUGUUCAGUCCGGUGGUGUUUCAGUUGGACCAGCCGGUACGACCGCCGAGUCCGGAGCUUGAUGCAGAGCCACUUGGCACAGUGGAAAGAAAGGGUAUUGUAGCAACAUUGCAGGAGAUAGUGAAUGACUCCCUCAAACGCCUUUUUCAUCCUAAUGACGUGAGCUUAUUACCAAAAGUUGAUCUUCAGGGAGUAAGUUGGCACCAACAUAAGCAUAUUAUUGCCUUUAUAUCUGGGUCAAAUCAAGUUAUAGUUCGUGAUUAUGAAGAUUCAGAAGGGAAGGAACCAUGCAUUUUGAGCAAUGAUUCUCAACGGGAUGUUAAAUUACUUGAGUGGAGGCCUAACGGCGGGAGAGCACUAGCUGUAGCUUGCAAGGGUGGGAUUUGUAUAUGGGUUGCCUCUUAUCCUGGAAAUGCAGCAUCUGUAAGGUCUGGCGCUGCUUCAUUCUUGGGAACCUUAUCCAGAGGUUCUGGAAUAAGAUAUAUACUGGCAGAUUUUCUUAAAAGUCAGAAUGAUGAGCAAAUAAGUGCGCUGUCAUGGAGUCCAGAUGGAAGAUAUCUCGCAUCUGGGUCAUUUGAGAGCUCAUCAUUUACCAUAUGGGAUGUUGCUCAAGGUGCAGGGACUCCCAUUCGACGAGGAUUAGGUGGUAUAUCUAUGCUUAAGUGGUCACCAACUGGAGAUUAUUUUUUUUCUGCUAAAUUUGAUGGUACAUUUUAUCUUUGGGAGACAAACACAUGGACAUCUGAGUCAUGGUCUUCAACUAGCGGUUUUGUCAUGGUAAAGGAAGCUGAUUUUAAAAUUGUGGCUGAAAGAUUUUAAUUUUAAAGUCUUUGUUUUUCAACUCACAUGCAAUUAGCUUUUUUUUUUUUGCCCUCCUCCCUAAGAGAGUUUCUUAAUAUAGCAUAAUUUUCUUUCCAUUUUGGUUUAUUAUUGUGUUUCUGAUAAGAUUGAUAAGCCCUCCAAUAAGGCUGACUAAGGAGGAAGUUGACAAAUCAACAAGUUAGUUAGGUGUCACCGUGUCAGUGAUUAGUUAGUUACGACUCUGUUGAGAUGGUUUGGGGAUUGUAUAUAGAGAAAUGAGAAUCCGUGGAAGAGUAGAGAAGAAUUUGGUUGUUCUUUGUAGAGGAGAGCCUCUUGAAUUAACUCAGCCUUGUAUACUUAUUAAGUGCUGAAGGAGAAGGACCUGCAACGACAGGGACUACUAACCCUCUUCUUGUUUUGUUCCUAGCCAUAUGUUAUGAGUCUUUGGUGCCUUACCAAUCCCUGUAUUUAAUAAUACACAAGUAUUUUCCAGUAGUUUGUGUGUGAUUUGUAUUGACAGGAUACUAGAAUCCUGUCAGUUUCAUUUUUUCUCUUAUAUCAAAAACAAUAUUUGUAUAUAUAUAUAUUGCUAGACUACCAAUGCAAUUUGUAUAUAAGAGGAGGUACUAGUUGUAUCAUUUCAGUAA